AUGUUUAUUGAAUCCUCGCCCCAUGAUAAGUAUAUGGGCGUUCUCAGUUUGUCCAGUUUCCCCAAGAAUGUGUUGGACUUCCAAGAAUCCCAAGUUUUCUUCCAACAAAUCAUAUUUGUGGACUACCAGCUCAUGCUAAUCAUCCAGCACGAGUUCAGCGGUAAGAUCUUUGCUCGGUCGUCGCCUUCACGAACCCCGGAAAUCACGAUGGAGAAAAUUUCAGACCUUAUCACCUAUGCUCAAUCCGUCGACGCCAAUUACUCUUCGGCCAACAAGAGCAGUUACGAGAAGCUCUACUUUGUCGUAGUGCUAGCACACUUGUACCAUCUUAGCUCAGAUUCUGAGGGCUGUCAAGAGACGCUUCGGAGCAUCAAGUUCAAUGUCAAGGAGUUUGACUCGCAAAACCAGGCAGAUUUCAUUGCCUACGUGACGGCUAGAUACCACGCAUUACGAGGUGGCUCUUCAAGCGACUCUUAUUCGAGUUGGAUUGAUUAUCUCGUAAAUUUAAAGCAAUAUGGAAGCAAAAGCAUGGUCGCAGCUAAUGACUGGAACGACGUGAUUUUCAAGAACAUGCUUGUACUUUUGAGCUCGAAUGGAUCUAGUCCCUUGCGAUUUCGGGACUUACUCAGUCAGAUUUUUAGUGACAACGCUUGCAGCUUGGUGGCCAUGGCCAAUUUCGCCAUGAGACCCGAGAACGAGAAGUACAUUCUCAAAGAGUUUAGAGUCGAUUACAUUUCGUUUUUGGCAGAACUAUUGACCAACAAGAUUAAACAGGCUGUUGAGUUUCCAAAUGCGUCAUCAGACGAUAAAUUAGACCUCGAGUUUGUGGAGUCCUUGUAUGAGUCGUUAAAUGACAUUUCUUCACACAGGCCAGUGAUCACUUACUUCUUGAAACCUUCUUUGUCCAAGAAGUUUUUGAUCAAUAUGACGGAAAAGACAUACCAAAGUCAAAUUGUCCUUCUGAACUUGGUGCGUACUUUAAUUGAUGCCAACGAGUUUGACGAGGCCAUGGGUGCAUUCAAAACCUAUGCCACUUACGUGGAAAAGGACGCACAACAGAACAACGGUCAAACACCUAAUAUUCUUGAAGUAAUUGAUGUCUACGCUACGUGUCUCUACGAUUUCAAUCCUUUGCGGUCCAUCAUUCCAGACUCGAACUCGGAAAGCAAAAAAUUCAAGUAUAACACUCUGGAAAGUGUUGUGGAUGAUUUAAACUUGUUUGCCAAAAGCUUGAUAGCGUACCUACAGAAAUUCACGUCGAUAGCAGAAUUGAGCUAUGACGCCGAGCUUGGAACUUUUGCUGACAACCCACUCUCGUUCUUGUUUCACCGCUAUAAUACGAACUUUCUCCCCAGCGACAAGUCGAAAAUCGUGCGUAUAUUAUCUAAGGCCUGGUUUUCCUUGGGCCAGUUCUACCACUACUUAACAAUUUAUGGGUCUGCUGAUGCUGGUAUCUUGCAAGCGAACAUCUCGAGGGUGGUGCUUUAUUACAAGAACUGUCUUAUCAUUAAUUCCACUGGUAGCCCACUUUACUUGUUCAACUAUGCAUGGGCUCUUGCGCAAACCCAGGCUUUAAAUCCCGCUGUGAGGUUGUGUAAAUUCAUUUUGAAAAGAUACCCAGAAUCCUUUAAGACUUGGAAUUUGUUGGUCUUAGUGAGUUCUGCUUUGGAACAGGAGGCUUCGUCUCAAGAGUCGACCGCCAAAAACUUUGAUAGAUCAACUAUCUUGGAUUCUUUGGUUGAUGAGGAGAAAUCUAAAGGUGAGCAAGACAAAGACAAAGCAACGCAUGUUGCAACUACCCAGCUGGAGAAAUUCAUUGAGGAUGCAUUAAAUAUUGCUGGACUCUACAUGGUGAAGAAUAGACAAAAUGGUGUUGCAUUGACUUUCCAGGCCAAAUACGAGAUUUUGCAAUUGAAGAUGACCGAACUAGCCGUCUGGGAAGCCAAUCAGGGUGUGGAGUACAUAUUGGAGUCAGUGGUUGAGAUAUUUGCGUUGUAUCGUGAACUAUUUCAGGAGAGCAUUGAAGACUCGGGUUUCAACCGCACAUUCUCGGGUAUUUCUCGUGCUGAGGGGCGAUGGUCCCAUCGUCCAAGUGUCAUGGAUCCGGCUGACGUGUCCGUGAUGGCAUCUAAGGACAAGCCCAAGGACAAGACACUUGCAAAGCAGAGGAUUCUGAGACUCUCCCAGGUGGCACAGGAGUCAAGCGGCAAGCUUCAUAGAACACCAUCAAAGGUGUUGCGGGCUCCUAAGACUGCCGCAGCGGUCGCAUCCAAACAAGAUGAAGAACUCAUCUUGCAAGAGAUUUGGUUGUGGACGGCAUCGAUAUACUUGAAACUUGGGUUGCUCGAAGAGGCCGAGCAGUGCAUAGUGGAGGCUGAGACGGUGCAGAAACCCAAUGUGAAAACAUUCACGUACUUGGGACUUUUGACGUCGAAGAGUAGGAAAUUCUUAUCGCUUCAAGAAUACGAGAGGUCUCUUGAGGUGUUCCACACUUUACAGGAGAGAUACAACAAGAAGGCUUAUGGUACAACGCUCUUGGGAAUGUGCAAGUUAUUCAUUACGGACGACCAGAUUGACAACUCGCUCUUCAUUUCAUCCAAAGACCGUGACGCGGGAUUGAUCCGAUUGAAAAACUAUUUGGAGCAAUAUAGUCUCUGCUGGCCGUACGGAGCCAAUAGUCCAGAAUUGUGGUACUAUUUGAGCACCAUCUACGAGAAGUUUGACGAUAAGGUAUUGUACAAGAAGGCAUUAUGGAAGUGCGUAGAGUUGGAGACCACCAGACCAGUUCGCUCAUAUGCUGUGUGCGAUGACUUCUACUAA